AUAAUUUAUUUAAGCGUUAGGAAGAUUACUCAUUUCAUACACUCGUCCCUCUGUAAAAAAGAAAAAAGAAAAUCUUCCAAUAAAAAUAAAAUAAAAACUAAACACGUUUAGCAGCCCAUGCAUUUACAGUAUUUCAUUAUUUACGUCUAUUAUCUUCUAUUCAACAGCAGAAGUGGUGCACAUAACUUAUUAUAUAUUGUCGUACAGAAGGUGCCGUUGUCCAAAAAGAAGUCCAUAGAAGGUGCCAAGAGAAAGGGAUAACCAUUAUUGUCCACAGAACUUUGUCCUACUCGAUCGGUUCUCUUCCUCGACCAAAACAAUGGACACGCAUGCUCUUACGUCAGUAGCAAAGCCAUAUUGUCUGGUAGCAUAAAAUUUUGCUGUAUCACUAUAUUACUAAAGCAAAGAGAAGCAUGCUCAUAGCUAGCUAGCUCAUAAUUGUUCAUCUAUUCCAUUAUUUUCCAUGGCUUCUCAGGAAUGCCAGCUUCACUUUGUCUUGUUUCCUUUUAUGGCCCAAGGCCACAUGAUUCCAAUGGUAGACAUUGCUAGAAUGCUUGCACAACACGGGGUGGCUAUCACCAUAGUCACCACACCACUUAAUGCAGCUCGUUUCGAAACAGUUCUUACUCGCGCCAAAAAAUCGGGGCACCAAAUCCGGUUGAUCCAGCUGAAAUUUCCAUCUGAAGGAGCUGGGUUGCCUCAUGGUUGUGAGAACUUGGACAUGAUACCUUCCAACUUGGCCUCAAAUUUCUUCAGUGCAACCAAAAGGCUACAAGAGCCGGUAGAGAAACUGUUUGAAGAGCUGACCCCCAAACCAAGUUGUAUCAUCUCAGACAUGUGCUUGCCAUGGACAAUUAACAUCUCUCGCAUGUUUAACAUUCCACGGAUAUCUUUCAGUGGAACGUGUUGCUUUUUCCUCUUAUGUUUUAGCAAAGUCGGCAUAUCUAAGGUUCUUGAUGAUAUAACCUCUGAGGAGGAGUACUUUGUCCUGCCUGACUUGCCAGAUCGCAUUGAGGUGACCAAGGCUCAGCUGCCGGCAACCCAUGCAUCAAACAUGGAAGAUUUUAACGAAGCUUUGCUUGCAGCUGAGAUGGCCUCAUAUGGGAUAAUUAUGAAUAGCUUUGAAGAGUUGGAGCCAGCAUAUGUUAAAGAAUACAAGAAGGUAAAGAAAGAUAAAGUAUGGUGUGUUGGCCCUGCAUCAUUAUGCAACAAAGAUGACUUGGAUAAGGCACAAAGAGGUAACAAGGCCUCGGUGAAUGAACAUUACUGCUUGAAGUGGCUUGAUUCUUGGGAAGCAAGCUCAGUGCUCUAUGCUUGCUUUGGAAGUUUAUGUAAUCUCAUACCUGCACAACUCAUAGAACUUGGAUUGGGACUAGAGGCAUCCAAUAAACCAUUCAUUUGGGCUGUGAGGAGCAGUAGUCAGUCGGAGGAAUUGGAAAAGUGGAUAACAGAGAACGGAUUUGAGGAAAGGACCAAAGGAAGGGGCCUGCUGAUUUGGGGUUGGGCUCCGCAGACACUAAUACUAUCACACCCUGCAGUUGGGGGUUUCUUAACACAUUGUGGUUGGAACUCUAUAUUAGAAGGGAUAUGUGCUGGGGUGCCUUUGAUUACAUGGCCAUUGUUCGGAGACCAAUUCUUCGACGAGAAACUAGUAGUGCAGAUUCUAAAGAUUGCGGUGAGAGUUGGGGUGGAGUAUCCGAUGAAGUGGGGAGAGGAGGAAAGUAUUGGGGUGUUGGUGAAAAAGGAAAAUGUGAAGGAAGCGAUAGACAAGUUGCUGGAUGGAGAAGAAAGCCAAGCGCGAAGAGAUAGAGCCAGAGAGCUUGCUAAAUUGGCAAAGAGAGCAGUAGAAGAAGGGGGAUCUUCUCACCUCAACAUUGAACUACUAAUCCAUGAUAUCAUGCAACAAGGAAAUUGCACAGAGAGAAAAUAAGAAGAGAUAUCUCAGCUGGUACAUUGAUUGGGAGUAGUAGUUUUUUUUGUAGAAGUUUUUUAUUUUAUUUUAUUUUAUUAUAUUUUUUUUUUACAGAUUACCAGAGUUGGGAAUGAUUUUUUUUACAA